CUUUCUCGAAAGUCGGAACACGUUGAGGUACAUGCAAAGUUGAGAAGGUCCUCGCAAUACCUAAAGAGGUACAAAUAACCUAACUCGGUCCAACUUUCUCCCAAACAUCACUCAUUCAAAACCGCAACUCGCCCACCGACUUCACUAGUAGCAGCCUCCAUCGACCACCUCCCCAACUCAGCCAAGAUGCAGACAACUACUUUGUCGCAGCUGCCGCUGCACGUUCUCUCGAUAGUGCUGUCAAAACUAGACAGCAUCCAGUCAUUAUCAUCCGCCAUCUUCAGCCACUCGUCUCUCUAUGCUGCGUUUCCGUGAGACACCCAAUACCAUCGUCCGCACCAUCCUCCAGACACAAUUCCCGGAGCGUCUGCUCAGAUUCGCGAUUCCUUGUUACUCGUCGACCGGACCUGAUCUUGAUCGCGGCGACUUUGAAAAGAAACGCCAAGCCGAACUCCGAGCGAUGAUUGAAUACUUGAAGCAGCAUCCCCCCCGUAGACGGCUCAAAUCACGGAUAUAUAGGGGAAUACUGCCCCCCAGUUAUGUUACGCUCGCACCAGAUUUUGGCACCGGUGACCUCGAAAGGAUCAACCUGUUCCUGCAAGAAAACUUUGGUGUUGGCGGCGGUUCCCUGUACGAGAAGACACCAGCGGCGUUCAUCGGACCCGAGCCGAUCGACAUGGACCUUGCCAGCGUCCUCAGCAAAACGCAAAACAUCCUGGACUACUUCACAAAUGACUUUCUUCGGGAAACUUUGCCAUUCGCCAGAAACCACUUCGCCCUGCAAAGGACCGUCGCUUCUGCCGAUGAGAUUCCAACCCUACCUACCAUCGCAAGUUUGCAACACACCUAGUUCUCGCCCGUUCUCAUCACCGCCGCCGCGCACCUUUCCGUUCUCCCCAUCCCAUCACCACCACUGGAUGAUAUCAACUUCGGCCAGCUUACCGUCGCCCAAACACCGCCGACCUUGACGCAGGGUGCCCUGCACCCCACCACAAUAUUGCCUGCACCCGAGCAGGC